CCGUUUUGGUGCGGUCAUGCUUGCUUACUUACUCGUCUAUUCCUCUUGUCAUUCGAGCGCCUUUCCAAGGUUUCCUUCCUCUUCGUUGUAAACAUGAACCGGGAGUGAUUCAGCUAUCUAGCUACUUCAUCCGGCCGCGGACUUGUCUAUGUAAUCGUGCCACCUCGUUUCUCUUCAUUCGGUUCUCCCAGUCUAUACUCCAUUUCCCCGUACACGCUUUGAGGAUGCCUCAGAAAGUAGUUAUCGUGGGAGCCGGCCCUGUGGGCUCUCUGGCUGCUCUGUAUGCCGCUGUUCGAGGGCACGAUGUUGAAAUCUACGAACUUCGGCCUGACCUUCGCGACCCGGACACUACACCCUUAAACUUCGCCAAAUCCAUCAACCUUGCUCUCUCGGAGCGAGGUAUCAACUCGCUUCGGAAGACCGGAUUGCCCAAUCUCGCGCAUGCCGUUCUUGGCGAGACGUUCCCCAUGCAUGGCCGCAUGAUUCACGUGAGAAAGCAAGGGAAGUACGUUCGUGAACCCCAGCUAUACGAUGCUCGCGGAAAAAAUCUCCUGGCAAUGGACCGAGCAGGCCUGAACAAGACUCUCCUGGACCAGCUCGAGUCGAUGCCCAACGUCAAAUUCUUCUUCAACCACAAGCUCGUCGGCGUCGAUUUCAGGAAGCAGCUAGCCUGGUUCGAGCGGCACACAAAGUCCGACGACGCAGCGCGCGGCACCGAGAUCGAGCUCAGAUUCGACUUCAUGGUCGGCGCCGACGGCGCGCACUCAGCCGUCCGCUAUCACCUCAUGAAGUUCGUGCCCAUGAGCUACCAGCAAGAAUACAUUGACAAGCUCUGGUGCCAGUUCCACGUCCCGCCAACGCCGGACGGCGGCUUCCGCUUACCGCCGAACUAUCUCCACAUCUGGCCGCAGGACGAAUCUAUGUUCAUUGCGCUCCCAAACCUGGACAAGACUUUUACCGCGACACUCUUCCUGACCCGCACCGGCUUCGAGCAGCUCGACGCCUCGGGCAAGGUAGUCGAAUACUUCAACCAGAAAUUCCCCGGCGUGGUCCCAGACCUCAUUACCGAAGACGAACUGCGCAAGCAGUACUCCACAAAUCAACAUCUACCCCUAAUUACCAUCAAAUGCACCCCCUACCACUUCGGCUCCAGCGGCGUCAUCGUCGGCGAUGCCGCACACGCAAUGGUCCCCUUCUACGGCCAGGGCAUGAAUACCGGACUGGAAGACGUCCGCGUGCUCUUCGAGUUCCUAGAUAAGUACCCCGACGAUCCUGCGACGGCGCUGAACGAGUACUCGCGCCAGCGCACUCCGGAUGCGCAUACCAUCAACGACCUUGCGCUGAGAAACUACCAUGAGAUGGCUACAGAUGUCAAGAGGCCGAUGUAUCUGCUCCGCAAGUGGAUCGAGGAGACGCUAGAUCUGUAUCUGCCGCGUGCUGGAUGGGCGACCCAGUACUCGCGCGUGACGUUCAGCAACAUGCGGUACUCGGAGGUCCACCAACGGGCACAGCGGCAGGCGCGGAUACUGAAUAGCGUGGUAGGUCUGAGCCUGGCGACUCUCGUCGGGACGGGCUUUUUGUUUGCGAGGUCGGGUGCUGCGCAGAGGGCGAAGAUGGGUAUUCUGAGGUCCAUCUGCUGGGUAGCGAGGCGUGCACAGGGCCUCUUUCAAGGCUGAACCAUUGUGAUGUGGGUCUUUCAUUAGACCAUGUACUAUAUAUAUAUCUCACCGGACGAUAUGUGUAUUCCAACAUGAACUAGUGCGGCACAUUGAGGCCGCAUGUUUUCAUAUCUACGCGGCAGAGUAACACCAAAGGGACCAAUGUGGGU